AUGGAGUUGCUAGCAAGCAACUAUUCUUCCAGUGAAAGUGGAAGUGGAAGUGGAAGUGAAAGUGAAAGUGAUAGCGCCAGUGAAGUCGCUUUGGUUGAAGAGGCCAAAAGUGAGAAGACGAACACAUUAAGCCCUUUACCAACUUCAAUAAUUGAAAAAUAUCAUCUGCGGCCCGAUAAUAUCAUGAAACCCCUACGAACUACCGCCAAAAAUUGGUCUACUUUCAUAUACCUCGAGUGGAGACCCACCUCCGCUGAGCGAAGCCUCUUGUCCAAGAUGAUAAUGAGCCUUAAUAAAGCUUGUCAAGAUGCAGACCUUUCAGCUGCCAGAAGGCUCUCAUUUCAUCCCUUGCACUUGAGUGCUUUGGGCUCGCCACUGCCACUUCACAUCUCGUUAUCGCAGAAUGUUACGUUCGUUAAUGAACAGCAGAGAGAUAGAUUAUACGCCAUUAUAUCGAAAAAGAUAAAACAGUCCAAAAUUAUUGAACCGUUUCGGGUCAAAUUUGAGCCAAAAUAUCAGUUACUUGCAUCGAACAGGACAAACGUUGUCUUUCUAACGUUGCCUCUCACAUCAGAAGUGAAGCGAAAUGAAAUUUCAAAUAUCUGCGCCGCAAUAACAGAUGCGUUCAAAGAUGUUUUCCCCAAUUUUACAGACGCAGAACUACAGAACAUCUCCAUAAAUACAGAAUUCGCACAUCUGUCAAUUGCACAAGCUGUUAAUGUUCCACAAAGCACAACACAAUACCUUCCACUUUUGCAAUCUCAUAUUCCGACUCGUAACCGUUUCGAACCAAUUGAAUUCAACAUAUCAAGUAUCAAGUAUGAUAAAAAUAGAGAGGUAUUAAAUAUCCCCAUAUGA